AUGCAGAUAAAAGAGAGAGAGAGAGAUGAGUCCGUCGGAGGAAAAGCCGAUUAUAAUAGUUGGAGGUGGAAUCUGCGGCCUUGCUACCGCCCUUGCCCUUCAUAGGAAAGGGAUUAGCAGUACGGUUGUAGAGAGAUCAGAAUCCCUAAGAGCUGCAGGAGCUGCAAUCGGUAUCUUUGCAAAUGGGUGGCGUGUGCUUGAUGAACUUGGAGUGGGCCAAGAGCUCAGAUCAAAAGCUAUUCCAUUACAAGCGGUGCGAGAUGAAAGUUCACGAGGUGAAUCGGUGUCAUUCAUGAAGGAAGAAUUUAGGUGCUUGAAGAGGAGUGAUCUCAUCAACGCCCUCGCCAACGGUCUUCCACCUGAUACCGUACGUUUUGGAUGCCAAACACUUGCAAUCAACUUAGAUCUCCAAACUGCUCAGCCUAUUGUUCAUCUUCAUGAUGGGACUCUCAUCAAGGCAGAGGUUGUGAUUGGAUGUGAUGGCAUAAACUCUGUAGUAGCUGAUUGGCUAGGGUUGAAAGCUGCAAAGCAAUUUUCUCUCUGCGCACUGAGAGGGUUCACAAAUUAUCCAAAUGGGCAUGGCUUCAACAAUGAAUUUUUUCGAAUAAGGAAAAACAAUACCACAUUAGGAAGAAUCCCAAUCGAUGACAAGCUGGUUCAUUGGUUUAUAGGCCGUCUAUGGACCCCUCAAGAUUCAAAGAUUUCAAAAGAAGGGAAGCUAAUUAGAGAUUCAACAAUAGAAUCAUUAAUCAAAGAAGAUUUUCCAGCAGACAUGAUAGAAAUGAUAAGAAACAGUGAUCUGGAGUCAUUGACUCUCCAACGCUUGAGGUACAGGGCACCAUGGGAGAUUCUAUUGGGGAACUUCUGGAAAGGAACAGUAACAGUUGCAGGGGAUGCUAUGCAUGUGAUGGGCCCAUUUAUAGGACAAGGUGGUUCAGCAGGCUUAGAGGAUGCGGUUGUGCUAGCGAGGUGUUUGGCCAAAGAGAUGGGUGGUAAUGGUAGCAAGCGAGAACAACAGGUACUGAUACAGGCGAAAAGGGUUGGAGAGGCAUUUGAUCAAUAUGUAAAAGAACGAAAAUUGCGGAUCCUAAGACUAUCUACGCAGAGUUAUCUUACUGGGUUGCUGGUGCAGGCCUCAUUGCCAGUGAUGAAAUUCAUGAUUCUCAUGCUCCUUCUAAUCGUCUUUCCCAACUUAUUUGGUCACACCCGUUAUGACUGUGGUCGACUUUAGGAAAAUUCCGACCAAGUACUAGAACAUUAUUUA